AUGGUUGUGGUGGUUCAGUUGCUAAGUCAUGCCCAUCUUUUUGAGACCUCAUGGACUGUAGCCUGCCAGGCUCCUCUGUCCAUGGGAUUCUCCAGGCAAGAAUAUUGGAGGAGUUUGCCAUUUCCUUCUCCAUGGGAUAUUCCCGACCCAGGGAUUGAACCCAAAUCUCAUCCAUUGACAGGCAGGCUCUUUACCACUGAGCCACCAGAGAAGCCCAUAUGUAAUCAUGCAUUCAUACACAUAUGUGAUUUUUUUGUGUGCCGUUUAAAGGUACAGUUAUUUCCAAAAUGUAUAAAGACCAGAUUAAACCCAAUGGAAAUAAAACUAUUUUGUAUGUAUGCAAGGGUUUCUCUAGCAAGAAAAGUCAUAGAGUUUCUCUUCACUAUUUUAAAAAUUUUAACAAUGAAAGUGUUUUUUGUUUUGUUUUAUUUUAGUUUUCCUUUCUUUCUCUCCAGAGAUAAAUAA